AUGCGAUCCGGUUCCUCAGCCGGUGCCCCAGGUAUUCCGACCUCCAUGCCAGACCAACGCAGCCAGUAUGAUCCCGCAACUACCGGAUAUAACAGCGCCACCGGCGCAGGAUACAAAACUGCAGCCGGCGGAUCCGAUCAGAACUAUCAUCAUCCACCCUCGCCGACAGGGAGCUUUGAUGCACCGGCGGGCGAUUCUCGAAUUCAACAUGCGCCUAGCACAGCGGAGCGGGUGAAGAUGGAGAAAGAAAUGGAGAAAGCGCAGAAGGGGUCACAUGGCUCUCACGGUGAAGGUCUUGGUAAGGGGAUAAGAGGUGUUGCGGCCGGAGUUCAUGGCGCUGGAGAGACACUUCGCGGGGCACUAAAUGCGACAGUUGAUCGGGCAUUUGGGUCUCAUGAGAGUGCAGAAUGGAAUGAGGAAAUUGAGCGCCGGGGAGAACAGGAGAUCUUGUCGAAAGAGUUCCAAGCCAAGCCUCGUCGUGAGGGUUCAAAAUGA